CAAGCUGAAUUCAACCCUUUUUCUUUUUCUCCUUCCUUUUAUAUUUUUACCCUUUCAUUUCCGUUCGCUCCGGAUUCGCUUGGCAUCAGUCCGUUUCCAGUCGCUUGUGGGGGGAGGUCCCCCCUUUCGAUCCCAAUGUUGCAGCCGUCCGUUCCAUCUGUGGGGAGAUCGAGAGUCGCGACCUCCUUGGGUUUGGGGGCGGAAUCCCGGGAUGAAGUCGGGAACUUCCUAGGCUAUUCUGAUCGAUCAGGGCUGUCAAGAUCUGUCAUUGCUCCGUCGCGUCACAUCGUCACUGGUUGACAUGUCCUUCAUCAUUGCCUGACCGGUUCAUCUCGUCGCCAUCACCGUCGCCAUCGCCACCGUGAUCGUGACCGUCGACAACCCAACCAAGUCAAUGACCCAUGCAUUUGGAUGCUGUUCAACAGCAUCGGUUCCUAUCAUUCAUGACGUUUUCUAUUUCACGAAGGUUGCAAUCACCGUACGUUUACGCCCUCGAUCAAUCCAACGAACAAAAUUCACCCUGGUGUGGGAGCCCUUCUUUGUUCUUGACCAUGAAGUGCUCCCCAAUGCUAGUAUCGUGCAUGGUAUACUGCACUACACAUGUCCCCACAUGCGUGCGACCACGAGCUUCGAAUAUCACAAUUCCAAGAAUGCGGCGAGGUUGUGUAAUAAGCGCGACACCGUCCUGUCAACACAUCAAACGUACGAAGCCUCGGGAGCUCAAUUCCCUAACCAAUUUGCCCAGAUCCGGAUCCGAGCUUGGUUCAUUCCUACCCCAUGGACAGACACACGUGAGGCUUCUCCAUCCCGAAGCUCUGAUACCUGCAAGAAGAACAUUGUCCUCGUUUCCCUAAUAUCUUUUGCAUGUUCGAAGUUCAAUCCCGUGGCCACACAUAUAUAAUAUAAAUGCACGUUGCUUGAUCACCUUCAGACAGCUGGCUUUGCAGUUUCAAUUUAGUGGAUGAUGAAAGAUGAUCACUGAUCGGAGUGGAUGAUACGCGUC